AUGGCUGAGAACGAGAGACACGCGGAACCGGAAGUCACCGUGCUGCCAUCGGAUUCCGUGGAGCACCGGGUUUCCCUUUAUCCCAUUAAGAUGGAGAGCAAGAGAUCGGUAGUGGAGACGAUCUCGGAGGCGCGGGAAACGAGCAAGAAGGAGACGCACACGCCAGAAAAUCGAGCCAAGAGGUUGCAGCAGACGCAAUCGUUGCCGCAAAUGCAGCCAGCUGACACGCAAACGAACAGAAAAGUGGAGAACCCCAGCGACAACCUCUCGGACACCAUCAGUAGUCAGAGGGUGUAUAAGAAGUCGUCGCCGAACAACAAGCUGACUCUCUAUUUGGCUAGCAGAGAUCUGAUCGUGAGCGAGGCGAAGAUCGACAAACUACAGGGGGUGCUACUCCUCGACCCCGAGUUUUUGCAAGACAAGAGGGUGUACGGGCAAAUUACGUUGACUUUUCGCUACGGAAGGGAGGACGAAGAGGUAAUGGGACUGAAAUUCUGUAACGAGGCGAUUAUGUAUCUCGCGCAACUGUACCCGCCGCAUUCCAGCGCUGAUCAACAAGAGACGACGCCUCUGCAGGAGGCACUUGUGAAGAGACUGGGGCCAAACGCUCACGCGUUUACCAUGGAAAUUACACCGUUGGCACCCCCGUCGGUGCAAUUGGUGCCUGCGAAGGAGUACAAUGGCGCCCCGAUAGGCACCAGCUACGACGUCAGAGCAUAUGUCGCGGAUCGCUCGGACGAGAAGCUUCAUCGAAAAACGAUGGUCAGGAUGGGUAUCCGUGUAAUCCAGCGAACGACUAAGCCACCGUUGCCAGCCACCAGCAUGUACAGCGUGCCAGUGUCAACGAGUCCUUCCGCUGGCUCCAGAAGCCAGACCUGCAAGACCAGAGUCUCUUUCAUGGAGAACGAGGUCACAGAGGACGAAGAGAACGCGGCGCCGCACGCUGCAGUGGAGAAACCGUUCUUAUUGAGCGACGGUCGCGUGGGUUUAGAAGCUCGAUUAGACAGGGCGAUCUACGCUCAUGGGGAUUCAAUCACGGUACACGUGAACGUCAAUAACAACAGCAGCAAAACUGUGAGGAGGAUCAAGGUGUUCAUCGUGCAACACGUGGACGUGUGUAUGUUCAGCAACGGGAAAUUCAAGAACGUGGUAGCCUUGCUGUCCUCGCAGGAAGGCUGUCCGCUAGGACCUGGCGCGUCGCUGAAGAAAAGCUAUACGCUUAGACCUAUCAAAGGCUCGACCAAAAAUUGGAUCGCUCUGGAGGAUAGCUACUCGAAGGCGGGGGCAACGUUGGCCUCCACCGUUAUCUGCCCUGGAAACGGUCCAGAGGAUAGGAACGUUUUCGCGAUAUACGUUUCGUAUUACGUCAAGGUGAAGCUGCUAAUCUCGACCAUGGGAGGAGAAGUGUCCCUAAAGCUGCCGUUCACGUUAAUGCACAGCAACACGGACCCAGAACUAGUAGGCUUCCCGUCACCGAUCAGGGAAGCAAAAAUCUGCGGGAAAACGAGCGAAGAGGUGGCGGAGAAUCUCGAGAGGCACGAAGACAACGGGCACAAGUACAAGGGAAGCAAGUUGGAACCGAUCAAGGAGAAACUGAAGGAGUCCAGGGACGCGGACAUGGAGCUGAUAGAGCACUACGAGGAGAGCGACAGUACCUGAGGGCAGGUGCAAACCACCGAUGCAUCCUCGCGAUCAUCCACGAGGAACAACAG